AGUGCUGUUAAAGUGUAUGUGGUUGUCCAUCACACGCGCUGUCACCACAGUGUCCAUGGCCUCCUCCCACGGAUAGCUCAGACAAGGGAUGCUGUAAAUACACAUACCGUUCUGCAGACGUGUACAUCGUCAUCUGCCAUUACGAGGAGAGCCAACAGCUGGUGUGAAUUAACAACUGAAUCAUGAGCUAUCCCAGAUGCAGCCGAGCUUUGACACACAGCUGCAGAAUAAUGUCGAGACUGGUUCAGUGUUCUCGGUCCAGGACUAUACUGAAGAAGACAGGAGUUGUUCUGUCAGAGCUUAAAUCAGGAAACAGUUUUAGGUUAUCUGUCCAUAGACUACCAAGGCUGCUGAAGGGAGGGAUGAGUUUCCCCAAUCUGCAGACUAUUGUGAGGCAUGCAAGUUCCUGUGCCACAACACCUAAAGCAAACACUAUAAACAACUCUGGGAGGAGCCUGGAUGUUGAAUGGUCAGAUGGCUCCAAGUCAAGGUUUCAUGGAGUAUGGCUGCGUCACAACUGUCAUUGCCUGGAAUGUAAGCAGGUGGACAGCGGUCAGAAGACUCUGGACAUUGUCAACAUUCCACCCGACAUCUCCGUGGAAUCAGCGGACAUUUCAGGUGAUGGAGUGGAACUGAAAUGGACCUGUGGACACGUGGGCAGAGUGCCUCUCCAAUACCUGCACUCCAACUGUUACUCACAGGAAGCCCGCCACAAACGUGCUGCUCAAGUCAGGCUCACAGAUGAGUGCACUGCCAAGAGCAUCCCAGCCCUGUUGUACAGCGACGUGAUACAGUCCCAGACUCAGCUUCUCAAAUGGCUGACACUGAUCAAUCAAUAUGGUCUCUGCCUACUGACAGGGGUUCCGCUAGAACAAAACAUGGUAACAAAGGUUGCAGAGUUGAUUGACAGACCUCAACAUACCAUAUAUGGAGACUCAUUUGACGUAGUGAGCACUCCUCGUCCAAUCAACAUCGCCUACUCUAGUGUUGGCCUUGACCUUCACAUGGACCUUGUGUACUAUGAGUCUCCUCCCGGUCUGCAGCUUCUGUUUGCUAGAAGGUUCGACAAGUGUGUUGAAGGUGGAGAAAGUGUAUUCCUUGAUGUAUUCCGAGUGGCAGAAGAUUUCCGAGAACAGAACUCACAACACUUCCAAUCUCUUGUAGAGGUUCCUGCAACUUUCCAGAAGGUGCAUUAUGACAGAGAGUCUCCAGUUCACAUAACUUUCCAGCGACCUCACAUUGUCCUCAACAAUAAUAAUGAGAUUGUGAACGUCAAUUGGGCUCCAGCAUUUGAGGGACCCUUAUCCAUACCAGAGGUUGACAUAGAGAGAUAUUAUGCAGCCUACCAGAGUUUUGCCAAGGCUCUUGAGGCGUCGCCCCAUACGUUAACUUAUCAACUACAGGAGGGUGAUGUAGUUGUCUUUAACAACCGCAGGAUGCUUCAUGGGCGUCACAGUUUCACCCUCAACGGAGGUUCUCGCCUACUGGAGGGCUGCUAUGUUCAUAUUGACCACUUCAAGAGCAAGCUACAGGUUCUCUCAAACACAGUCGGUGAUGGGCAUCCUGCUAGAAGAGUUGGAAACCAGGACUGGUUCUGAUAUGUUGGGGCACCUACAACUCCACCAACCAGGUGCUGUGCUAGAAGCACAACGGCUCUAAUUUGUGUUGGGGCAUCGUGAAAUCAAGAAUCAGCAUCUUGAUGUGUAGAGUUCUGAUGCUUAGACAUUCUAGUAUUUGUUAUUCAUUUGUGUGAAUUUUUGCCCCAGUAAUGACCCUUAGUCAUGUGUCAGUACACAUGUUUGGCUUUCAACCUUCCAUUUUGACAUGGUAUGAGUAAAAGAAAGUAAACUGAUAUGUUUACUGAAUCAGAUAUUAUUUCAGCCGUAGGCUUCCCAAGACAGGUUAUUGUUACAUUAUUUGUUGCCAAGAUAGUAAAUAUACUGCUCCACUAUUUGUUUUCAUGACACUUAAUAUACUGCUCCACCAUUUGUUUUCGUGACAGUUGAUAUACUGUUCCACUAUUUGUUUUCAUGACACUUAAUAUACUGCUCCACCAUUUGUUUUCAUGACAGUUGAUAUACUGCUCCACCAUUUGUUUUCAUGACACUUACUA